AUGCCAGACGAAGUGCUCAACGAUAUCUCCCACCGGCGGUACAACCCCCUCACCGGAUCAUGGCUGCUGGUCUCCCCUCACCGGACUAAGAGGCCAUGGCAAGGAGCACAAGAAACCCCCACCAAGAACACCCUCCCCUCGUACGACCCCAAGUGCUACCUCUGCCCCGGCAACAAACGUGCCCAAGGAGACAGCAACCCCCCUUACAAAAACACCUUCGCCUUUGUCAACGACUACUCCGCCGUCAAGGAAACCCAGCAAGACUACCAUCCGGAAACCAACAAGGACGAUGUUGCCUCCCUCCUCCUCCAAGCCCGUCCCGUCACCGGCAGGUGCUACGUCCUCACUUUCUCCGCCAAACACGACGCCACCCUCGCUGAUAUGACCCCCGAGGAAAUUGUCCCCGUAAUUAACACAUGGACUCGUAUCUACGCCUCCCACCUCUCCCCCUCCCACCCUCUCAAUGGCCAAGCCGCCUAUGUCCUCUCCACUAUCCCAGAGAACCCAGACGGCGAAGUGACCCCCCCAAAGCACCAGCUCAAGAACAUGCAAAUAUUUGAGAACAAAGGCGCUGCCAUGGGCUGCUCAAACCCUCAUCCUCACUGCCAGAUCUGGACUACCAGCACCCUCCCUGAAGAACCAGGGAAGGAGUUGGUUAAUAUGAGGAAAUACAAGUCCGACACAGGCCGGCAUCUGCUAGGCGAUUACGUCAAGCUUGAGCUAGAGAAGAAGGAGAGACUAGUCUGGGAAAAUGACUCCUUUGUUGUUGUCUGCCCGUGGUGGGCUCUGUGGCCGUUUGAGGUGCUCAUCAUCUCCAAGCGUCAUGUGAGGGCGCUGGUGGAUCUGGAUGAUAAGGAACGGUUGGAGUUUGCGCAGGCGGUGCAAGAGGUCGCGAGGAGGUACGAUAAUUUGUUUGAGACGAAUUUUCCUUACAGUUCUGGCAUUCAUCAGGCGCCGCUGGAUUGCACGGAAGAGGAGGCGGAGACGAGCUGGUUCCACAUGCACUUUUACCCUCCGUUGCUGAGGUCGGCCACGGUGAAGAAGUUUUUGGUUGGGUAUGAGCUUAUGGCUGAGCCGCAGAGGGACAUUACGCCGGAGCAGGCGGCUGCGAAGUUGAGGGAUUGUGGAGGGGAGUUGUACCGCAAGUCGCUGCAGUGA